CACCCUCCGCACACGUGCGGCACGAGCAGCGCGCAAAGCCGCUCGCGUCGGCUCGUUCAGUUUCGCUCCAGGCAGCUCUCCAUCGCGGUGUGCUCGCAGCCCCGCGCGCGCUCGCGGCGCACAGCCAGCUCGGCUAGCAACCCAGCGUCGCCGGCCACACGGCCUUGCCUGCACGAUGACAGAUACAUUUUCACUCCAUUCGUUCUUUUAGUUAAACAACACACUAUCAACCAGAAAGAAGACGCUAGAAAUUUAAGUGCUCCAUAAAAUCUUAUAACUUACCCCUUGAGGCUUGGGUAUAUAGGCGACUGUUGGCGUAGAAAGUCACCGAUGACGCAGUGGACAUGAGUUGGCCCUCUGGAUGGUCACCGUUGCGGCUCCUGGUUUUCAUUCUUCUGAGAUGUGGCACGUCAAGACCCAUGCUGGCGCCGGACGAGGCCUUCUCGCCGCGGCUGGUGGUGGCGGCCUCGCACACCGCCCUCUCCGGCGACCUGGGCGUGCUGAUCAUCGAGCUGCCAGCGGCUCGCGGCUGGGCGGCUCGCAGCCCGACCGAGGAGGACGAGGUGGAGGAGGGGGAGGGGGAGGAGGAGGGGGACGACGACGAUGAGGACUACAGCGCGGAGGCCGGGCCGCUGGCGCCGCAGGACCCGCUGGUGCUGAGGGUGCUGCGCGAGGACGGCUUCGCGUCGGAGCUGGUGGGCGAGGUGCCGGUGCAGGUGCCGCGGGCCGGCGGCGCGAACGUCUCGCUGCUGGUGCCCUGCGGUCUGUUCUCGCGCGGCGGCAGCUACUCGCUGCAGCUGCAGCGCAAGUCCUGGCCGGUGGCGAACCGCCUGAGCGAGGCCCUCGAGGCGGACGCGGCGCGGCGACCGGCGCCGGUGCGCGCCACGCUCGACGUCAGGUGGCCCGCGGCCUCGCUCAGCCUGGAGCCGGCGCGCUUCGCCACGUACCCCAGCCACGAGGUGCUGGCCACGCUCGAGUACACGGGCAUCUCGUGCUCGGCCGCGGCCAGCCUGCCGCUGCCGAGCUUCAGCCUGCAGCUCAUCUACUGCGGCGCCUCGGUGCUCUCCUGCGACCCGCGCAACCGCAGCCACCUGCAGACCCUCUACUCCGAGCGACUGCAGGGCUUCCCGCGGCAGAAGCUGCUCAAGCUGCGCUGCGAGUUCUUCGGCCUGGCCGGCCACUACGCGCUCAGGCUCAGGCCCGAGCAGGACGACCUCAGCGCGCCCACCACCAGCGCCUACAUCAAGGUGGAGUGGUCGGACCUGUUCGUGUUCAACGUGCACGCGCGGGCCAUCUACCCGUGCAACGCGAGCGGCGGCAGCGGCGGCGUGUCGGUGCUGUUCGAGUACCCGGCCUGCAGGCUGCCCGGCGACCGGGUGCGCGUCUACGGCAGGCUGCGCGCCGACGUGGACUCGCUGGCGCCCCCGUCCAGCCUGCACUACGUGGCCGAGCUGAAGGCGCCGCCGGGCAAGCACAGCCUCACCUUCGACUGCGAGCUCUUCACCGAGCGCUUCGUCGAGUACUGCUUCGUCUACAUCAGUCAGGCCUACAACGGGGCCAUGUCCGAGGUGCGGGUCGACUGCAUCCCCUUCUUCCCUGUCAAAGAAGGAGACGCCGGCGGCUGGGGCCAGUGGAGCCAGUGGACGCCGUGCAGCAGCUCGUGCGUCGGCGGCACGCGCAGCCGGCACCGGUUCUGCGACGCGCCCCCGCCGCGCUACGGAGCCAGAUUCUGCCAGGGCGAGACGGUGCAGGCGGAGGCGUGCGGCGGCUCGGCGCAGCUGGACCUGACGGGCAGCUGGAGCCCCGGCGACUGGGAGUGCCGCCACGGCCUGGGCUUGGCGGCCGACCGCGCGGAGGUGGCGGCCGCGGUGGGGCCCGAGUGCCGCUGCGGCUGCUCGCUGCGCCUCGAGGACGCCGGCGCCGCCAGCCGCGUGCUCGCGGCCAGCUCGCGCGGCUGCCCCGGGCGCUCGCUCUGGCUGCUGCGGGCGCGCCCCGAGCAGCUGCUGCGGCUGCGCCUCGACCAGGCCAGGCUCGACUGCGACGGCGCCUACCUGCGCGCGCGGGACGGCGAGCUGCCGAUCGACCGGCUGCUGGCGGACCUGGCGCCCGAGCGUCCGCCGCGGGCGCCCGGGCCCGCCGUCGUGCUCAGCUCGGGCCCGCGGCUGCUGCUCGAGUUCUUCAACGACCAGCAGCGGCCGGCCUGCGCCUGCGGCUUCCUGGCCCACGUCAGCGCCAUCCCUAAGCCGGCGCCGGCGGACAACGCCACAGCGGCGGCCAAGCAGCCGGCGAUGGUGGCGAUGAACGCCAAGGUGAUGGCCGCGGCCGGGCGCUGGGCCCUCUGGCUGACGCCCGCCCACCUCGCGGCCGCCUCGCUGCUCGGCCUCGUGUUCCUCGCCUCGGUCUUCCUGGCGCUGCAGUACGGCUGCAAGUACCGCAAGUACCAGCUGGCCGACGACCUCGACAGUCUCGCGGACGACUCCGCUUGCAGCGGCUCGGUGCAAGGCAUCGCCAGGCGAGCGCGAGCCGUCUCCUCCUCGACGCUUAUCUCCGAGGUGGUGUCUCUGGUGCGACUGCCGCGGCGCGGCUCGCGGAGGCACGCCAAGCUCGAGGAAGCCAACGCCGACAUCGAGGAGGGCUACGAGAGCACGGAAACCCAGGCCGAUAGCGGCGAGGAGCAGGAGCACGAGCAGGAGGAGGACGAGGAGGAGGAGGAGGAGGAGGAGGAGGACGACGACGACGAGGAAGAGGAGGAGGACGAGGAAAGUAGCGACUCGGGGACCUUGAGGCCGCGCGCCUCGGAGGAAGGACUGCAGAUGCAGCACCAGCAGAGCGGUUCGCAGCGGACGAUCGCGGCGAGCAGUGUGCGGAGCACUCCGUCGCGUCGCUCGUCCGCGCAGUCGAGCGCCUCGUCGAGCACCCUCGCGCCCGCGGCCCCGGGCGCUGCAGCCGCGCCGCCGGCCUCCGUCCAUCAAGCCGAGGUCAAGUACGCGCGUCCUGUUAAGUUGCGCACGUUCGGUCCGGUAAGCCCGGUAUCGGAAGAAGCGGCUUCAACGUCAGAAGAUGGAAGGCAAUUCAGCGCUACGAGUACUUCGACCAGUCAGAAUAACGGCUUCUCUCCGGCGAGCAGCUCGUCUAAUUCGACGCUGCGGCGCUACAGCGGCAAAGAGUCGAAGGAGCGCCGGAACCGCGAGCGCCUGCUGCAGGGCCCCGGCUCCGAGUUCAGCCUGGCCAACGCCGACCUGGAGAUGGAGCUGGACUACUACGACUACAACGUGGUGAACGCGGGCGCGGCGCCCGGCUCCUACCUGGGCAUGGACCCGGCCUUCCUCGUCUGGAUCCCGCCGUGCAGCGACGCCGAGGCCGACGAGGCGCGCGAGGCGCACGAGGCGCACGAGGCGCACGAGGCGCACGAGGCGCACGAGGCCGACGAGGCGGCGGAGCCGCCGCCCGGGCGCGCCCUCAGCCCGGCCGAGUACCAGCGGCUGCGCUCGGCCGGCAAGGGCCUGCUCGAGCCGGCCGAGUGCCGGCUGCACGACGAGAUCAUCCGCGAGUACAAGGCGCGGCUGGGCGAGGGCGCGCUGCCCAUCCACAGGCUGCUCGAGGAGUCGCGGCUGCGCGUGAGCGCCGAGUCGCUGUCGAGCGCCGCCUCCGACCGCAUCCCCAACCGGCUGCGCAGGCCCCGUCGGGCCCGGCGCUCCAGGCCCGCGGUGCGCAAGCGCAGCCCGGCGCGCGAGGAGCCCACCAGCAGCGAGUCCAGCGCGCCGAGCCCCGCGGCGGUCAACGACCUGGACACGCCGCGGACCAGGCGGCGCUGCGUGCUCGGCCGGCUCGACGCGCGCGAGCUGAACGUCGCCGCCGCCGCCGCCGCCGCCGCCGUCGCCGAGCCCGGCAUCCCGCUCGCCGAGUUCCCCGGCGGCCGCCAGCGCUCGCCGGCCAAGCUGCCCGCCAGGACCAGACUCGGCCCGGGCCCGCUGGAGGCCAAGCGCUCCUUCUACGACAUGAUCCAGCAGGCCGGCGACGACAUCAGGUUCGCCGACGAAGACGACGAGUACGUCGACAACAAGGCUGCGGCUUGACUCCCCACUCGCGCUCCUCUUGUACAUACUUCCGACCCUCUCGCGCCUUACACGCGCUCGUUACGCUGUCUCAGGCGCGCUCUGCAUUACCAAAGGCAUUCCACGCUACUCGUGCAGUCAGUCAUUGUGCCACUUGCGCACUCGGCGCGUCAAAUUGCUGCCACCCACCCAUGUUGCUAUUCGAAAUCAUGGGACGCGACCAACCUUGUUUUUCUUUUUCUUUUUUUCGCUAAAUCGACGGAAGGCAGCAGCUCUUGCACACUGGCGUACUCGUUUCCUCUUUCAUGUACAAAAUUUUCCAACAAUGCUGUAGAUUGUAAAGAUAUUUGUAAGUUAGAGUUUUACGUAAGUAGCACGACGUCAGAUUUUCCUAGAGAGAUCAUUAACUUGACGACAUUUGAUUUCUAUCAGACAGACGAAACUUCAUGCCAAAGUUUCAUAUUUUCUUAUGGUGUAAAUUACCACAAAUCGUGAAAAUAUUUUGAAAGGUAAACCAGUUGACGGCUUAAUGCCGUCGGACAUUUCCAGUGCAAUGUAUAGUCGCAAAUGAAUACAUCAAGUGGUACAUAAUCCUCAAAUAUAUUUAUUCAUACGAAAUAUACAUAAUCACAUUUUUUUUAAAGUCAUAUUUCGACAACAAUUGUCUCAUAUCAAACUCAUGUAUAAACGAAUUUUAAUUUAAAUGCUACACCCUUACUGUUUUUUCAACAAAAGUAUAGUUAAAAGAUGUAUACUUCGACGAAAAGAAUACAUAUAUUAUUUCAUAAAACCAGUAUUUCCAGUAAGCUAACAUGCGUAACAAACGAAUCAUAUAUUAUCAUUUGAACUCAUUUAACUCAAAAUCAAAUCAAUUUCUUGAUUAAUGUUCCAGGAACUAUUUUUCCAAUUAAUCCAUAAUUAUCCUAUACAAUUUCCAUUCCACUUUUCAAAUUCAAUUUUGUUUCGAGUUUGAACUUUAUCAAAACAAAAUUACAAUAGCUACCCAUCCGACUAUAUCGUACAUAAAAUGGGGUAGCUCUUAAUGAACAUUUAUUAGUACCUUAAAAACGUCUAGUUUAUAAUAACUCGUUUUAAAAUGAUCUUGUUUAAGUUUUCGUUUAUUAAAAAAAAUAUUGAUAUAAAAUUUUAAGAAAUCAAUACUCGUCUCAAGGAAAAAUAAAUGAAUUGUUUUCAAUUCAAUAAUAUUUGUUUUGUUAUAUAAAAUCUUAAAAACAAAAGUAAAAAGUAUUUUCAUUAUAAAAAGUAAUAAUGAAAAAAAAUAAAUAUAUCGAAUGCACAGUUAUUAUCAAAGUAUUCGUAACAAAUGUUCAAAUAACUAUACUUUGCAUAAGACCAAUCAUAAAUUAUAUUAGUGUUAACCGAAAUAAGAACCACAUGUAAAUUAUUCAAUAAGACUCACAUUCAAAGACUUUAAAUGAUAUAAUUAGAAUCAUGUGCAAAUUAUAUAAAUCUACUGAUUUAACGUAUUCAAUAAGUUCUAGUCAAUUAUUUAUUGUAA